AUGUACAAGUUUCCCCCGCCAAGAAGUGUCACGAGUUUCCCCGCCAAGUACAAGUUUCCCCCGCCCAGAAGUGUCACGAGUCUCCCCCCUAAAUACAAGCUUCAACGGCCCAGAAGGGUCACAAGGUUCCCCGCUAAAUACAACUCCCCUGCCACAAGAGAGUCUGAGUCACAGCCCCUCCCGGGUACCGUUCCCAAACGUUCCCAUACCAAGCCCAAGUCCUCCCGCUCAACAGAUUACAACCGAUUCCCCACCAGGAGCAAUGAUUUUGAGGACAAUCCCUCUUCGCCUGUCGGUGCCGAGGACGACGAAGGCCCCCCUCCUCCUUCAGGCAGAGCUUCAUCACCCUCUGUUGAGCUGCUCCUUAAUGAUUCGGCCGCUGCUGUGUUUGAGAGGAGGGAUAGGAGCCCGCAGGAGAAUUCGUCCAACUCCCAGGGCGAGGGCCCUGCUCCUGCUCUUCAAAAGAAACAGAAAAGGAGGAAGAAGAACCCCUCAGUGAUCCUGACUGAUGCCCAGGAGAGGGCCCUGGCCCAGUGGCUCGAGGUGGAGGCUCCCUCAGGAGCCGCUAUGGGCGGCUCACAAACACCGUCAGCGGCCAAGCAACGGGCUCCAAGAGGCACACGGACCGAGAGAUGGAUCCUUGAGCUGUUCCCCUUCCUCAAGGCGCACAUAGUACGCCAACACAAAACGGCCACACUAGGUCUACCAACGGACGACGACACUCCUGCCACCAGAACCACCGCAGCCACAACAACCACAACAACCACAACAACCGCGACGACUACAGGGGUAGGGGUUUCUCAUGGCGACCCGGACACACCCUCGCCGGCCAGCGAGGACGAGGAGGUAGUGGUGGUGCCUGCAAUCAAGGUUCCAAGAAAACCCCGAACCAGGAAGCACCCCCCAAUGAAGCCAGGAGCGGCAAUUGACUCGGUAAUCGAUGGGGCCAAACACUUCCUGUCGGAGUUCAAGGAGCUGAGUGGGGACAGGGAUACAGAGGCGGCGAGGCACUUUUUGGAAUCGUUGCUCCCCAUGCUACUGAAGGUUGGGCCAAGCCUGAUGCCCAUCUUCAGGAUGGAGAUCACCGCCUGCCUCAGAAAAUAUGAGCAGGCGACCAAACAAGGUGCUGAAAUGGCCUCACAUGACCUAAAGUACCACAUAAUUAACUCUGAGUACUGCCCUGCCCCCUCUCCGCCCAAGGCCCAGCCCCAACAGCAACAGCAACAACUACUAAUGUUGGAGCCACAACAGCUGCAGCAGUUGCAACAGCUGCAACAACAGCUGCAACAGCCACAACAGCAACAGCCACAACUAGUGCCACAGCUCCCUGCCACAUUCCCUGCCACAUUCCCUUCCAUUCGGCAGCAGGGCCAACCAGCGGUGACAUCGGUUACCCCCCAGCAGCUGCAAUUGUUGCAGCAACAGUAUCUCCUCAGGAGCCCUUCUACAAGCAGCAUUGGGGUUCCUGCAAACAACACCACCGACCUCAACAUGUCCCUGUUGAUGGACAUGCAGCUGCCGGGCCAAGCCUCCACAGCCUCUACUCCAGCAAAGGCUCCUCCGCAACAAAGUACUACAACACUGCAUACGCCGACCUCUUCAGCGGACUUUUAGCUUUUAUUAUAAUAUGAAAAGAAUAAAUAAAUGUUUAUUUUGAGUUUACUCCAUUUUUCCUUCAGCUUAUAAAAUUUAUGUAAUAAAACAAAAUGUACACAAUAAUUUGAAAGGAAUAAAUAAAUGUUUAUUUUGAGUUUA